AUGUACCUCUGCCUGCUUUUCGGCGUUGCGUGUGCUGCUUCCCAUCACUUCUACUACUGGUCGCUCGACAGACGACCAGCCACGAACCAGAUUAAGAUGAUGCGAUAUGGAACCAUAUUGGCCUUCGGAGCGAAAGCAGGUCUGAGCGCUGCCGUUAUUGUCGCUUUCCGGCAGCGGGUAUGGACAACGGUUCGAAAACGGUUCAUGACUGUCGGCGCCUUGGAUGCCUUGUUCUCGGCUACGGAGGACUCGCAGGCUGUGACGAGUCGGGAGAUGGUCCAAAGUGCAAAAGUGGCGGCGCUGCUGGCGGCAUAUGUCUGGCUGGCACCGCUCGUAGUAGUCCUUACUUCGAACACACUGCUCGUCGUUCCAAGGAGGGUUGAAAUCCGCGAAAUGUGUCCAGGAGUAAGGACGCUCAACUUUACGUUCGAAGAAACGUAUGAGUGGAGGAAACCUCCCAAGAUUGACCGGCUGUUUGAGAUUCCUCUAUCUCUAUGGAAUACCACCAAGGAAUCAGAGAAAGACACUCCUGAGUGGUUCGACUACUACACCGCACCCAAUCCUAGUUUUCAGAAUACAGCCACUAUCGGCUCCUUUCUUGAAGAGGCCGUCAUGAGGAAGAAUGCACCAAUCGAGACAUGUGGGAGUGGUUGGAGCUGCUCUUUCGAGAUCCAAUUCAUAGCACCAGCCUACAAGUGUACCGAACUUGGCAGUGGUGUCGAUUCCAAAGUCAACAACCUAACCCAACAAUCCGGAAGCAUCGCUCCGCCCUUCAACAUGGACGUCCUCCUCCCCAAGGGAAAAUUCACCUACUACGCCUUCACCAGCGGCGGCGAAUACUCCACCACGCAAAUGAAAGAAGUCGGCAUCGGCGGCCGACCAACAAUGAACCCCCCCUUUCCCAAACACCUCGGCGCCUUCCGCACCGAGCCCAUCAUCUGGCUCGGCUACGUCACCCUCGCCGACGCGCUGUCCAAAGCCAACGACACCAACCCUCCCUCAGUUCCCUCCAGCCCGUCCGAUCCAGCCUGGAGCACCUCCUUCGUCCCGCACAUGUUCGCCUGCGAGAACUACGAAUCCAACUACACGGUGCGUAUCAACUAUACCGACGCGGCCCAGUCCACCAACGUGACCAAGGUAACCUACCUCCGCCCGGUGAUCAACACGACUUACACCCCCCACAUCGACGCCAACGACGGCACCGCCGACAACGUCACCGCCGUUCCCACCGCCAACUACAUCCUCCCCACCUCGGUCCCCCAAUACCGGCGCACAGCCGCCUACCACUCCUUGGGCUUCAUGCUCCGCGACCAGAUCAACGGCACGGUGGGAAUCGGCGACGACCGCGAUGACCUCGUCAACCCCAUCGCCAACACCAAGGCCAUCCAGACGUCGCGGCUGCUCGAUUACGGCAACAACUACUUCCCCUUUCCGGACAUCCAGCGACGGAUCCAAAAGUUUUACGAGGACAUCAUCCUGUCUGUGCUGGGAAACCCCCAGUUUGCGAGCGUGGUCUGGGCGGCGAAGCCGGGGGAACAGAGCGGCGUGACGUUUAAUAAUGUUCCUCUGGACCAAGAAGGGCAGAACAACAGGCCGCCGCCGCUCACAGACGAGCAGAGAGCGUACCUGUACCCGUGUACCAAGUUUCGUAUGGCGCUGGUGUACAAGUUUAAUGCGAGGUUGCUGUGGAUCGUGUAUAGCAUCUCGAUCGCGCUGGCGGUGAUGGGGGUGGUGGUGGGGGCGUUGGCGCUGAGGGAGAAUGGAGGGGUGGUGAGGGAUACCAAGUUUUCGAGCAUCGUGGCGGCGACGAGGGGGAGUGGCUUGGGGAGGGUGAGGUGGACGGAUGGUGCUGAUGGUGGGGUUUCUUCGGUUGGGAAUGGGACGGUGCCGGAGGAGGUGAAGGGGUGGAGGAUGGGGUAUGGGGUUGUCGAUACUUCUGGGAGUGGUGGCUAUGGUGAUGGACGGUUGGAUGUGGGAGACGGAAUGGGAGGGGGGCGGACGGUGUUUGGGUUUGGGUUCGAGGGGGAUGUGAGGCAGUUGAGGAGGACGCCGAGUUUGGUUCAGUUGACAACGUUGGGGAAGUAG